GGACUUCUGCUGAUGUGUGAUGUGUGUGUGAUCAACGAGGAAGAAAGACGAGGGAAGAAGAAGAAAAACAUGGACACGUGACGAGUCAGCUGACUCGCGCUGCCUUUAAGACCGAGCAGCGACUCUCACGUCCCCGUCAGUCCGCUGCAGCAGUCUGGAGGAGCACAGUUCGUCGACCUGGUCUCCUCUCCUCUGCUCGUUGUGGAGCUUGAACCGGGACAGUCUCGACCCGCCUGACCGCUGUGUGCUCACCGGAGGCCCGCGAGACGAAGACGACGAGCACGAGACUUCCGGUCGGCCGGCUGGCUCGUAUUUGAUUGGAGACCCCACCUCUCGGAGGACACCUGCCGUCGGAGGACCCCUGCCGUCGGCACCAUGCGGCUCCACACACCGCUGACAACCGGCCCCCUGCUGCCGCUGCUGCCGCUGCUGCUGCUGCCGCUGUUGGGCUCCUGUCACCCGGCGCAGGCCUCGGGCAGAGCCGGCCUGCUGUUCGUGGAGCAGCUCAGUCAACAGCAACAACAGCGGGUCGGGUUCAACUGGACCAACGUCUCCUGUCACCUGUGCAAGGCGGCCUUCACCAUGCUCGACAUCGCCCUGCUGAGUGAUGCAAAUGAAAAGCGAGUGGCGUUCGCCGUGGGGGAGGCGUGUAUCCGUCUCCAUCUGGCCGAUGAGCUGGUGUGCAGAGAAAUAACGGAGCUGUUCAGGUCUGACUUCAUCCGGGCCCUGCAGCGGUCCCUGCUGUGGCCCACUGAAGCGUGCGCCCUGCUGGUGGGCCCCUCCUGUGGCAACUUUGACAUCUACGCACCCUGGAACGUCACCCUGCCAAAGGUCCCUAAACCCCCCGUUACACCACCCUCGCCUCCCAAACCAAGUUCUCCACAGAGCAGGAUCCUGUUUUUGACCGACAUCCACUGGGACAAGGAAUAUAAAGCCGGCAGCGCUGCAGACUGCAAGGACCCUCUGUGCUGUCGUGAAGACUCCCGCUCUCCCAGCUGGAGGCGGCGAGAGGCUGGGCACUGGGGCACCUACAGUAAGUGUGACCUGCCCCUGCGUACAGUGGAGAGCCUCCUGGAAAACACGGCGAGAGCCGGACCCUGGGACUGGGUGUACUGGACCGGGGAUAUACCGGCGCACAAUGUUUGGUCUCAGACCAGGAAACAACAGCUGUCGGAGCUUACAGUCAUCUCCAGGCUCAUCCACAAACACAUGGGACCUAAUGUGACAGUUUACCCUGCUGUAGGGAACCACGAGAGCACGCCAGCAAACAGCUUCCCUCCACCCUUUGUUCACGGCAACAGAUCUGUCGCCUGGCUCUACGACACAAUGGCAGAGGAAUGGUCAGCAUGGUUACCAGAGCAGGCUCUGAAGACGUUAAGAUAUGGAGGAUUCUACACGGUGGAGGUUCAGCCUGGUCUAAGGGUGGUCUCUCUCAACAUGAACUAUUGUGCUCGAGAAAACUUCUGGCUGAUGGUGAACUCGACCGACCCGGCUAACCAGCUGCAGUGGCUCGUCCUUAUACUCCAGGCCAGCGAGGACAAGGGAGAGAAGGUUCACAUCAUAGGUCAUAUCCCACCUGGCCUGUGUCUUGGCAGCUGGAGCUGGAACUACUAUCACAUUGUCAACAGAUAUGAGAGUACAAUUGCUGGACAGUUUUUUGGCCAUACACAUCUGGAUGAGUUCCAAAUGUUUUAUGACGAGACAACCAUGGCCCGCCCACUGGGAGUGGCAUUCAUCGCUCCAAGUGUCACUACUUAUGUUAAUCUUAACCCAGGUUACCGUGUCUACUAUGUUGAUGGGAACUACCAGGGUAGCUCUCGGCUAGUGCUAGACCAUGAAACCUACAUCCUAAACCUCACGGAGGCAAACAAAAGUCCGGGCUCCGCCCUCAGCCCAGAACCAAAUCCCAAAUGGAAACUGCUGUACCGCGCCACCGAGGCCUUUGGCCUAUCCAGUCUGUUCCCUUCUGAUUACGACGGGCUGUUGCGGACCUUCAUCAACGAUGACCGAGUUUUCCAAAAGUUCUGGUACCUCAGACAUAAGGGACACGUGUCGGAGCCCUGCAGGGAGACCUGCAAAACCGGGUUGCUCUGCUUUCUACGAAGUGGCCGCUAUGACGAGCUGGAGCAGUGCGACCUCUUCAACGGGUUUGGAGGAAACUUGGCCAAGGCUGCCAGAAAAACUCUCUGUUGAUCCGAGUAAGUUUGGACUAAAAUGGUUUGGCGGAAGAAAAGCAAUUGGACCAAAUUAAGAAAUUCAGCCAAAAAGUUACUUUUUCUUGUUGCUGGUGGUUCGACAAGAACCGAUGCAUUAAUUUGUUGUUGUGGUGUGUGUGGACUCUCUGCCCAUGAUGGAAUAGUUUUCCUUGCGGCAGACGGAGGUUUGUUGCAGUCUUCUGGUGAUGGAGUCUGACUGUGGCGAUCGCUUGAUAUCCACAGUCGCGUUCAGGGCAGCGGCCUGUAUAUAAGCAGUUUCUCUCUUUAGCAGCUCCAUUAAGACACGUGUUAUUGUGAGUAUUGUUUUUUUCAAAAAUGUGUUAAAUUGAUUGUGUGGGGCAUCAGGUCUUGGGGUUGUCCAUUGCUGUUUUGCAGUGCCGGUUGUGUCCAGAAUGAUGUUGUUUACUUGAAAUGCACAGAAUGACAUGGGUUUGUUCAAAGCUGUCAUGAGGAGUGCCUUGUCAGGGAAAAUAAUCCUAAUCCACCUUUUAAUAAUCUUGAUUGCUGUUGUACAUCAAUUGUGUUUCAAUGUUUCCUUGGGGCUUAUCAGGAUGGAUGGAUUUCAUAAAAUUCUGAAUCUUUUAUCAAAGUGCUUCACAGGAAAUGUCUCCAGAUUCCCGUCUUGUAAAUUGGGACAUAGUGGAAAUUUAGCUUUAAAUGGAGGAUUAUCUGACUUUUUGACCUGUCCCACAAUGCUUCAGUACACUUAUUGAAUCUGGUUCGAUAUGAUGAACCUCAGUGUUUAUACAGCCAGACUUGUUUUGCUCAGUCAUCAUGAUGCAUUCAGGAUCUUAAUAUUGGUAGUUCUCCAUUGGCAUCGUUGUGAAGAUGGAUUGUCCAUCAGUGAAGUAUAUACACUUUAAUGCACUGCACCAUCUGCCUCAGCAAAGAAGUCCUCUAAACGAGCAUGAGUAUUUCUCACUCGAGUUUAACUUCUGUCUGCACUUUAAUUAUUUUUGUGGGCUAGUUUUACCGUGUAGGUCUGAGAGACGAGCAGGGGAAGGUCCUCUGGUCUUGUUCUGUGACCUGUGGUUUAACAUGAGCAUGAAAAUAGAUUUGAUUUGUAAAAGCAAUAAUGAUGACUGUAAAAAUUAUGAAUAAAAGAAAAUAUUAUCCA